AUGUCUCACAGAAAGUUUGAAGCUCCACGUCACGGUAACUUGGGUUUCCUCCCAAGAAAGAGGGCCGCCAGACACCAAGGCAAGAUUAAGUCCUUCCCAAAGGAUGACCGCACCAAGCCAGUUCACUUGACUGCUUUCAUGGGAUACAAGGCUGGUAUGACCCACGUCGUUCGUGACUUGGAGAAGCCAGGUUCCAAGAUGCACAAGAAGGAGAUCGUCGAGGCCGUCACCAUCUUGGAGUGCCCACCAAUGUACAUUGUUGGUUUGGUUGGUUACUUGGAGACCGCUCAAGGUCUUCGUCCAUACAAGACCGUCUGGGCUCAGCAUCUCUCCAACGAGUUCCGUCGUCGUUUCUACCGUCAGUGGUACAAGUCAACCAACCGUUUGGCCUUCACCAAGUACACCAAGAAGUACGAGGGAGACGCCAAGAAGUCGAUCGACGGUGCCCUCGCCGCCAUCAAGAGAAAGUGCUCCAUCAUCCGUGUCAUUGCUCACACCCAGGUCAACAAGUUGAACCUCGGCCAGAAGAAGGCUCAGGUCAUCGAGAUCCAGGUCAACGGAGGUACCGUCGCCGACAAGGUCGCAUGGGCUGUCCAGCACUUUGAGAAGACCAUCACCGUCGACUCCAUCUUUGAGGAGAACGAGAUGAUCGACGUCAUCGGUGUCACCAAGGGUAAGGGUUUCAACGGUGUCAUCAAGAGAUGGGGUGUCCGCAAGCUGCCAAGAAAGACCCACAAGGGUUUGAGAAAGGUUGCCUGUAUCGGAGCUUGGCAUCCAUCCCGUGUCUCGACCACCGUGCCACGUGCCGGUCAGCUCGGUUACCAUCACCGUGUCGAGACCAACAAGAAGAUCUACCGUAUCGGUGAGGCUCAGCCAGAGAAGGGUGCCCUGCUCCCAACCGGUGCCACCGCCUUCGAUAUCACCAACAAGACCAUCACCCCAAUGGGCGGUUUCGUCAACUACGGUCUCGUCAAGUUCCAGUUCCUCAUGGUCAAGGGUUGCGUUGCUGGUCCACGCAAGAGAGUCCUCACCCUCAGAAAGUCCCUCCACGAGCACACCUCCCGCUCUGCCCUCGAGAAGGUCGUCCUCAAGUUCAUCGAUACCUCCUCCAAGUUCGGUCACGGUCGUUUCCAGACCUCCGAGGAGAAGUUCAAGGUUAUGGGCCCAAUGAAGCACCAGAAGAAGCAGAAGGUCGCCGCCGCCAAGAACUAA